AUGCCGUCGCCUUUGUUUCUCAACUUGGAUGGCAGUAGUUCUUCUAGCGCACGCGCAUCUCAAUCGUUUUCUUCGUACACUCCACAUAAGCCCCCGUUCGAUCGCCCCGGAGUCGGCCCAUUUUCACCCAUUAAUCUCACUUGUGCGAUGCGUACACGUUCACAUAGUCUAAGCCCUUUGCGUUCCUCUGCCGGUGGUGACCAGGACAUAUUAUUACUAAAUGAUGUGUAUCGUGAACGGUUCCCCAAGGCCUCAGCCCAAAUGCAGGGUCGACUGCAGCGCCUUGUGGAGGAAUUGGACCACAUGGACACCGUCUCUUGGUCUGCUGUGGCUCGGUUUGUACACCGCCAGGUAAUCCAACACGCCAAGGAUUGUUUGCAAAAAGCUCUAUCGCGACUGGUCACAUGUCGUUACUUCUACGAAAUGACCGAAAACUUGAACAAACUUGUGGAGGAUACACGUGUCCGGGAACCAGACUCCAUUCCCAUCGUCGUCGGUCUCAUACGCCGUUUACUGCUGAUCAUCGCGCGUCCAGCUCGGCUUCUGGAGUGCUUGGAAUUCGAUCCCCGUGAAUUCUACCAGAUGCUCGAAGUGGCGGAGGAUGAAGCCCGAAAACAUGUCAUCCCCAACUCCGGCCAUGAACGCGGUGAAGUCGUCUCUGCCGACGUUCCACUCUACAUCAUUUCGAAAUUAGGCCUGAAUAAAACUGUGGCUACGCAAGAAUCAUACACUGCAAACACCGACAGCGAUGUUGCUCGUGAUCUGCCUGUUGAUUUGGGCCAUCCGAGCCACCAUUCAAGUAGUCCAGAUUCGUCGCGCGCUGAUGAUGUUUCUCGAGCCGCCUCCAUCAAAUCUGGUACAUCUACUCGGCCUCCGUGUGAAGCGGAUUUCGAACUGAUCAAAUUGGUUUCGAAUGGUGCUUAUGGAGCCGUCUACCUCGUGCGACAUCGUGCCACUCGUCAGCGGUUUGCGAUGAAGAAAAUCCGAAAACAACAUCUUCAGCUUCGCAAUCAAGUUGAACAGGUGUUUGCCGAGCGAGAUAUCAUGAGUUUUGCCGACAAUCCGUUCGUAGUCAGCCUGUGCUGUACAUUCGAAACGAAAAAGUGUUUGUGCAUUGUCGUGGAGUAUGUAGAGGGCGGGGAUUGCGCGAAGUUGCUGAAACAAAUCGGUGGCCCACUGCCUUUGGAUUUGGCACGCUUGUAUUUUGCCGAGACUGUGCUUGCUUUGGAGUAUUUGCACAAUUACGGAAUUGUACAUCGGGAUCUGAAACCGGACAAUCUCCUAAUCACACAUGAAGGUCACAUCAAAUUGACAGAUUUCGGGCUCUCUCGAAUCGGGUUGAUGAAUUUGGCUACCAACUUGUAUGAAAAGAAUCUGGACAUGGACAAAGACUGCAAAAUGUUUCGUGAUAAACAGGUGUUUGGCACUCCAGAAUACAUCGCCCCUGAAGUCAUUCUACGCCAGGGCUACGGUAAACCGGUCGACUGGUGGUCCAUGGGCAUCAUUCUCUACGAGUUCCUCGUCGGCUGCGUGCCAUUUAGUGGGUGCUCCAUCGAGGAUCUUUUCGGACAAAUCGUAAACGCUCCGAUUGAGUGGCCCGAGGAGGAAGAAUGGCGUGUCCCUGACGAGGCUGUGGAAAUAAUCACAAUGCUGCUCGAACGUGCUCCUUUAAUGCGUCUGAGUACCGCUUACGGAGCUACCGAAGUAGAAGAGGCCGAUUUUUUCGCUGGUCCCCCACCUGUGGAUUGGAACAACUUGCUCAGGCAAAAGGCGGCCUUUGUACCCCAAUUGUCCCACGAUGAAUAUACCUCCUAUUUUGAUCCCCGCACAGAUCGAUUUCAGCACGAUAUUAGAAGUGACGAGGAUAUCGAUUACCCUUAUGGGUCUAUGGUUGACAGUGAUCAGUCCUCCCCAUUACUCCCAUCGUCUUCAGAAACAAGGGCAUCUGGAGCAGAUGCGACUGCCUCGAAUCGUGCCAACCGUGUUCGCAAACCGGCGGCGUCCCGCCUCAGUCGGGAGAAGCGGCAACAGACCAAAGUCAAGCGACGAUGUCGUAGUUUGGGUGAGACUGCACCUGCCUCGUCUCGUUCGGAGACUUCUCAGUCGCGUUCCCCUUCUCAUCACACAGCCGUUUUCUCGCACAACGCUUCACAAGAGGAGCCCGGCUCCUGUCCUAGUUUUGCAAACUCUUUUCCCAAUACCACUACCCCACUACUAGCCCCUCCCACUGAGGCAAGAGAUGCCGAGCUCACAAUCACGACUUCCUCCAUGGCUGCUGAGUCUGCGGUACAUCGCAGUGCCCUGAACAUGUUGCAACACCUGACCAUUGAUUCACAUGUGGAUAGCAAGAAAAGAGACCACAUCACUGUUGGAUCGAUCUCGCCCUCGCAACUCAGUCAUCGAGCUUCAUUUGUCCAUCCCUUGAGAGACGCCUCUGCUGAAUCGGACACAGACAGUGAUGAGAAUAAACCAGAUACGGAGACAGUGUUUCAUUCGUUCACUUCAUAUUCUCCCCGAUUCUCGGUUGUUUUGGAACAAGCGCGUCUCAAUGAGCUAGCUGUCCCACCUCUCCCCGGUGGUGGUCGCAAAUCCAGCGUUAAUACGGAUGAUAUCCGCAACGGAAUUGAGCGCCGAUGUUCACUUGAUUCUGCUACACGUGUACAACCCUCUCCGUCCUUGACAAGCGCAUCUCUCACCUCUGCUCGUUCCAUCUUAGAUGCUCCUAUCUUGAUGAAACCUUCGGGUGAAUCGGUCCCGACUGUCACGAGGCCUGUGGAUCAGUUCGAUUCUGGAAGUAGGAAGUCGCUUCUCGGUGAGGAGAGCACUGCGACUCCCAUAAAACAUGUCUCUGCUCCACGAAUCCCAGAUGAACGUCACGACCAACCUACCCCAAUCUCUGACGAGUUCGAGAAAUUGCUGAGUAAGUCGAGUUCCACUACUGGUGUGGAAUUGGGUCAACACGCUUCUCAGCCUUGUCCUUCUAUUAGUUCCUCGAGUGACCUUGAGGCAACUUGUCCUUGGCCAUUGCAUUCUUGGUGCAGUGUAUCUCAAAUUGAUCGAGAGUCACCUGCGAAGAUCCAGCUGAUAGACGCCUCAGGCUCCAGUGAUCAAUCUUCCAUCCAAACGAGUAACUCAGAAGCUGACUCAUCUUCCUCUUCCUCCUCGCUGUCUCUAACCCCUCUAACCGCUCCGUUUAUGCCGAUGUCUAGUUUUAGUACUAACCACAUGGAUCCUUCUGUUCACAAUGUGUCCGCGGCCGUCUCUACAAUGGCGUUCGUGCCACUCGUGUCGGCUUCAGUAAAAUCCCCUUCUGGCUAUUUGAUUCAACACUCACAAUGGGAAUCUUGGGCAACUGGCGAUACUCGCCACGAACCAAGUUUUCAUUCUCGGACGGAUUUCGAAACCAGAGCAAAAAGUUCCGCUUCCAAUUCCUCGGACGCUUCCAGUAACUUGUGCCUUGUGCCAAAUAGUAGGGAUCGAUCACCUGGAGCCGUCGUAAUACCCAGAGGCAAAUCAGGCUACGGGUUUACCAUUCGGGCCAUUCGUGUCUUCUUUGGGACCUCAAAUCGGUACACUUUACACCACCUAGUUCACAGCGUUGAUCCUGAUGGGCCAGCUUUUCGCGCUGGGUUAAAGGAAGGCUACCUCAUCACCAGCAUCAAUAAUGUGCCCACACCCGGCAUGUUGCACACUCAGCUGGUGCGGUUACUUCUUCAGAAUAUACCCGAAAUACGGCUGCAAAUAUUGCCCAUUCAACAAAGCCAUAUUCGUUCUGAUGGUCCCUGGCGUCCUGCUGGGAAACUGAUAUCCCGAACUCGAGCAACUCCGCACACCUCAACAACAACAAGUACUGUACCCACUGUUACCUCGGAUCGAAACACCUCCAGUUCGAACAGAUCACCUCAGUUGGUAACCGACGUACGGAAUAUCUGCACAAGUUCCACACAACCGUCCACGCCGCUGCAGAUCGCAAAGUCUACGAUGGUUUACUCGAAUCCACCCUCACGAACUGUUCACCGCAGGCUGACUAUUCGCGAAACCCGCCAUCGAAAUCUACCAGCCAGUUCGACCAUUCAUGCCGGUCACGAUGUUUCACUAAUUGGCCACGCAAGAUCGGAUGCACCAUCCUUACCCUCGCCCACUAGUCAACCGCCUUCGUUAACAACUCUGGCUGUUGACCAAACAAGAACACUAUUCUUUCAGCCAACUUCACAUCCGGUCGUCACGAAGAGUUCCGCUUCACAGACCUAUAACCUGAUGAUGUCGCAGCGUUUUGGUCUACCCAUCAACAACCACUUUGCUCCGAAUACUUCACUGACCGGGACCCAUCUCCACUCCGCGCAUCGAAGGUCUAUCGAGAAACCACUUCUAAGGCAGCUCAGCGAAAGGCAACACCGGGCGAUGUUGGCUGCCCACUCAGGUGCCCCCGCCAACCCGACAAUCUCGAUGUCCACUUACGUCGGUCAACCAUCCACGUCGACACACUGCGUUCCAAACCACUCGCCCACUAAAUGUUCGCUUCAUUCGCCGCGAUUCGAUUACGCCCAGCCUCAAUCACAUCAGUACUCUACUUCCCCGUCCACCAGCCACACUAUUCCCUUGGGCUCGAUUGUACGAUGUUAUCCGAGUGUCGAUGUGAACGCACAUGCUCCUCCAUAUGACGUCGCCGCCCAUCAUCGACCCGCUGCUCUUCACUUCCCUGAGGCCGCUAGUCCACGGACUACACCGCAGGUCGCCGAUGAAUCAUCAUACAUUGUAUCCAGUUCACGCUCCGCCUACCCUCCAGCUUACGCACAAAUACGGCUACCUCCGAAUCCGCAUUUCACGACGACGACCUCCCUCACUUGUAGCGGUUCCGCUUUUGGUCAGACUGCGAGUUUCCAUGCGUUGUCUCCGAGCCCAAUUGAACCCGCUUUUCGCAACGUUGGCUGUCGGGUGGCCACUACCUCUUCCCCCACCUCCGUGCCAUUCGGUAGUCUGUCCUCCCAGGCCAACGCCCUCGUGUCCUCCGGGCAAGUUCGCUUGCGUCGGCGAAGCCACACGUUUGCUGUGCAUCAUGUCGCUUCUCCAAACAGUCCUCUACCCGAUUCCGACGGGAUUCGUGAAGGGGGCGACGCUGCUUCCUUUCAUCCCCCCAUUUGACACGGGUCGGGAUUCGAUUCCCUUGUUUCGUUCACGGUACUCCAACAGGUGCUCAUUGCUGUGCCGAGGUCACUUGCAUCCUAUCUGUAGAUGCAAAUCUUUUCACCAACCUCUCCCCUCACUUUACGCCUGUUAGCCAAAGAGAUCGCUUGCAUAAUCGCCACCGGUGUGGACUAUGAUUUCGAGGAGAGCGGAUUACCGCAUUGUCAGAACAGCUGGGGCAUCUUGCCACACACACACAUCUGAUGUCCGUUGUUAGCGGUUAGCAUAAUUCGGUCUCAUUCACUGUGAUCUGUUGUCUUCUGGAGUUUCUUUUCGUGCAACGCAUGCUUCUCUUUCAUCUUUGACCGUUUCCGUGUCUAGGCAUUGUAUUUAACCUCGUCACGCUCUGUCCUCUCUCUCUCUCUCACACCCUUUGCAAGUUGAUUUUUCUAUUUCACACUCAUUGAUGGGCGGUGAUCACAAACUUGACAGUCGUUUCUUCACACUUAAGUGAACGUAUGUGCCUUUGUGCUUGCAACCUACGCGGUCUUCGCGUUGGUUCUGCUGUUUCCUCCUCUCCAAGCUAGUGUUUAUUGUGUUCCACACACAUUGUCGCUGGUUUUUGCACCUCGCAGCUUCAUCCUUCCUCCUAUUUUCUCCUUGUUUUUAUGUUGUGUGUGUGUGUGCACGAAAGAAUAGCGAGGCCUCUCCUGAGCCACUUCUUCUCAUCCUCUUUUGUGUGUCUCGUUUGACUUCUGUUUUCCGUUACUACCCGCGCUGUUGUACUGUGUUAUGCUUUUGGACGUACACACACACACGUAACCUUCCGACUGUGUUUCGGUUGAGUUGAGCCAAUAAAAUUAUUCCAUACUGAAUUUC